CUUCGGAGGGCUUCUUGUUCUCAAGGUUGCAAUGAGCAAAAGAAAUCACGAAGAUCAUGAAAAGCACGGUUCCUCACGCAAACAUCGACGGGAUAGCCGCUCACGUUCACAGUAAGUAUAAUUGAUUUUUAUAUAUGUUCAAUAUACUAAAGUGCCUCACUAUCUACGGAUAAGUUGAGUUUCCGUACAAGCUUUUCCUAAAGCAAACUUAAUCAAUAAGGGUAAGAGAAACACAUCACAAGAAGUUUUUCACUACCACUCAAUACUUACUGUUUUCGUCAGACAUUCACAUCGUCUCUGUACUACAGGGUGAGGAGAUGGAAACGGCUAACUUUAGAAACAUAUCUGAGUCAAAGUAUCUGUGUACACAUGUGCCAAAUUCUGCGUUGCGUUUAACUGACCGAUAAAGUAUCUAUAAAUGCGAAGAAUGUACGGCUGUAACAGACACUAAUUGACGUACUCGAUCAAGUAGUAGCUUCCUGUAAGCUGCAGUUUGACCAAGUGUUGCAAAAAGGGUCCAGUAAAUCAAUGUUCUUUGGUACCCUUCUCAAUGUUAAGGAUUACCACGAUCUAUCUCGGUCGGAAAUGCUAAUUAAUUCUUUCGGACAAAUAGAUGCUAGUAUAGUUACCCAUGCCUAUUGUUUACAACCCGUCGAUUGCUUUUAUUAAACUAUGCAUUCCGCGUAGGCCACGGCACUGUAAACUGUGGUGUACACAGAUUCCAUGUACGAGAUCUAUAUCUACAAAAUGUACGUUUUCAAUUUUGGCUUACGAACUCUGUUAUAGUCACGUCACUUGGUAGUACAAUUCUUUAAAAAUAUGUGUAAUUACUAAAUUUCUAAUAUAAAAUAAUAUACUCCUGUUUUAUUUCAGUGAUAAAGACAAAGAACUGCGCAUUCAAAUGAAGCCUUUGAUGCUUUCUUCAGAUAAUGAAUUAACUCGACAAAAUGAGAUUAGCUACAUCGAAGGUUCAAGUUUCACACAGAAAAGUUUCUCUUCUUCGCGUAAACAAGACACACUACUGAAUCCGGAUUCACAUUCACGGUCGACAGGUGUCAAUUCAGGUCAAUACUCCUCAAUGGUUUUGGAAAGAGCACACGAAGCGGCUAUAUUUGGUCAUUCUUCAGUUCCUUUACCUUCCAUUCUUGGUACAGAUCCAGCUGAAGGCAAAGAUAAACUAGUUUCUUCUGUGGAUACAGUGAAGCAACUACUUCAUCAUUCGCUGGAUAAAUCCGAUCCUUCCACAUGGGAUGCUUGGUUGUUGAAACUUGCUGAAUUUAAGGCACGUCGAGCAAAUAAGAUUUCAUCUACCAUAAACACAAAUCAGAAAAAGAGAAUUAAUGGAAUUGGAUAA